CUCGACUGGAGUAUUUCAGUUAUUUAUUCUCGCGAUAAAACUGAAAGGCCAAUGCUCCCGCCACUCGAAGAACUCGAAGAACUCGUCAUUAGACUUGUUUUUUAUUUAUAAUUUUGGUAGUGAGUUAUAUCAGCCCAUCGAUACUCAAUGGAAUUUCGAGUUGUUGUGGUGAGAUGAGGCCAUGAGGUAUUUAUUUGAGUAAAAGAGUGAACGAGAGGAAAGCGUCAAUCUAGAUAACGGUGUAAGAGGUUUCUCAAGGAGUUCUCCAUGGCUACAUGACUUCAGUCAAAGCAGUCCGUGGGUGACCACGAAAGGAAAACCAUCACCCAAAAAUAAUUCCACAAUUUUCCCCAACAAUUUCAUCAAUCCGCGGUGUAAUCCGCCGAUUGAAAUUCGCGCUUAAAAAUUCAGUGAAAGCCACCGGCCUUGACCAAUUUCUCUCGCCGAUAAUUACCGCGAUAAUGAGUGGAUCAUAAACGCCUGCGAAUUUUCUAUUGACAACACAUGUCAAUCGUCUCCGGGGAAGUGCGCAAUUAAAACUGCGCGUAAUUAAAAAAAUGAAAUAACUAGCUUACUCUUGUCUGGACUGAGUCAUGAAAUCCAAACAACAUAAAUAUUACUGAAUUGUAAUUAAAGAAAUGACAGAUGAUUGAGAGGAGAGAUUGGGAGGAUUCAUAAGUGACCGGAAAUCAUUAUUUUCCAAAUCGAAAAAAUUGAAAUGGAGAUUAUCGCAAUGAGCGAGUACCUGGCGCAGGAAGUGCUGCAUGUAAUUAUAAUUCCUGGAUUAAUCAUCAUGUCUAUUUACUUGUACUUAACAUCGACCUUUGACUUCUGGUUGAAGUUGAAUGUACCAUUCAAAAAACCAACAGUUCUCCUGGGGAAUUUCGGGGAUCUCCUGCUGUUCCGGAAGUCACAACCGGAAGGGAUAAAAGAAAUGUACAAUUGGUUUCCAGAGUCGCGAUAUUUCGGUGUCUUCAGGGUGCGAUCGCCGAUUCUAAUUCUACGCGAUCCGGAAUUGAUAAAGACUAUCAACGUGAAGGACUUCUCUUGCUUCAUGAAUAGAGGAAUUCCUGUGAAUUCCCAGGAUUCCCUGUCGGAGCAUUUAUUUAAUAUGGAGGGAAAAAAGUGGAAAGGGAUGAGAUCGAAGCUGACACCCGUGUUCUCAUCAGGGAAGAUCAAGAGGAUGUUUUAUCUUCUCGUUGAGUGUCACGAGGAAUUGAAAAAAGUCAUUGGCACUUCUCGGGGUGUUGUCGACGUGCGUGAUUUGACUGCCAAAUUUACGAUAGACGUCAUCGGCAGUUGUGCCUUUGGCAUACAGAUUCGCGCCCUGACUGACGGACAAUCGGCGUUCCACGAGGCCGCGAAGAAGCUGGGGAAGCCGAGUUACAAGAGCACCCUGUGGAGGAUGCUGAGGACCUCCAUGCCACGGCUGUAUAAAUUACUGGGGGUCCAGGUCAUCAAUCCCGAGGUCAUCGCCUUUUUCAAGGAUGUCGUCUCGCAGAUGGUGAGGCAGAGGGAGGAAGAGGGUGGGAGGAGACAUGAUUUCAUGGAUCUCUUGGUGGAGUUGAAGAAUAAAGGGAGUUUGGUGAUGGAUCCGGGGAAUGCAGCGGAUGGUGAUGAGGAUAUCGUUCUCGACGAGAACGCAAUUGCAGCUCAGGCAUUCGUAUUUUUCGUCGCUGGACACGAGACAUCCUCGAACACAAUAGCCUUUUGUCUGUACGAAUUGGCGUUGAACCCGAGGAUUCAGGAGAAAGUCAGAGAAGAAAUCCUUAAAGAGACUGAGGGCUGCGCCGGAAAACUGACGUACGACGCCGUCCAGGAGAUGAAAUAUCUCGAUAAAGUGAUCUUAGAAACCCUGAGGAAGUACCCACCAGCUCCCUUGCUCUCCAGGAGGUGCGAGUAUCCUUACAAAAUCCCAGAAACGGACGUGGAGUUGCCCGCGGGGAUGCGAGUGGUGAUUCCCAUCUACGGGAUACAUCAUGAUCCCCGGCAUUACCCAUCACCAGAGGAAUUCGACCCCGAGAGAUUCAACGAGGAGAACAAAUCGAAGAGAAGUCCCUACACAUAUCUGCCCUUCGGUGAAGGUCCUCGUAAUUGCAUUGGAAUGAGAUUUGCCCUGCUGGAAACAAAAGUCGGGAUAAUAUCGUUUUUACAGCACCACAGAGUGGAAAUAAACGAUAAAACCGCAGUGCCAAUUAAAUUCAGUCGACGGAGUCUCGUAACCACCAGUGAAACUGGUUUCUGGUUGACAUUAAGUUCUCUAGAGUAAUACCCCGAGUCCAUUAAAAACCCUUCAUUCUCAUUGAAUCGAAUAAAAAAUCUCUUUAUUGACCUUUAUCACCAUUUUUAUACAUAAUUACUGAUUAUACUCAUGGCAGAAACUGAAUUGUAAGAGAAUAAAUUAGAGAACCAUCCCAUGGGGAUUUAAGUUAUUUUUCUGGAGUUCCCAUGCCCGAGAUGUAUAGAAAUAGCGAGUCCCCGAAGAAAGCGAUGAACCAGGAAUAAUUAAUUAAUAAAAAACACUUUUAACUUUA